CGCUCAACAUGGCGGCGGGGGUGGUAUUCGCGCUCAGCCUGAUCCUCGUCGUCGGCCACCUUCAGGAAGGGCCAGGAUCCCUCGCCAAGACCUUCACAUUCCCGGAAUACCCGUACAAGGAGACCACCAAGAACGAGGCCCUCUUCAGACAAUUCGAGCAGGAUUGCGAGGAGAGCGGUGCUUGCAAGAUGCUAUCGCAUAGGAGCGACGGCGUCGCCAAAACACGAUGCAUCCGGGAAUGCGUGUCGCCGUCCUGUUACAAGGAGAUCUACUUAUUCGAUCAGCUGGAGGAAGGCGAGAUUGAUGUGAGAUUAAUAUCCUUCAAGGGUUGCUUCAUGCAGCGAAACGGUCGACCACGGAAGUAAGAAUAUUCGCGCGAGAAGAGACGCAGGAAAAACAAAUUUCUCGUGAGACGAGCGAUUAACGGACGAGCCACUCUUUAAUGGGAUGACUAUAAUCGUGCAACAAAGAACACGCGCUGCGAGUAAUAGUCCGCCAUUCUGAGAAACGCUUCUUGCUUAGACUUUGCCCAUCCCGGAAGGAUUAAAUUGAUGACAUAAUGUGAUCGCUGCAUGAUAUGCAUGACGGAACGUUUGGUUCGGAAAAUCACAAAACUAAAAUGAAGACGAAAAUGCAUAUCAUGCACAAAGAUAAGUUAAAUAAUGCAUAUCGUGCAGUCCCGUACAUGGAGAUGAAGCGAAUUAUCCGAGUAAUUAAGUCCGAGAACAAUCUUUUUCUACGUUUUGUACGCACAGUAUAAUAAUACUAUAAUGCACAAAGUAAACUAAUAAAAUUGUUGGCUACACUAGUGAUUUCAAUCACCUUAUCGCUUUUAUACAUAUUGCUAUAUCUAUUAAAAAAGAAACCUUCUUCGAAUAAUAUAAUUCAGUAUACGAUUACAUGCAUAUUACUCUAAUAACGCAAUUUUAUUAUAUAGCGAGUGAGGAAUAGCAUUUAAAACUAUUGUACACAUUUUAUCUUUGAAGGAAAAAACUGAAAAUGACCAAAUUUUUAUAGAAAGUAAAUUACGUUCGUUAAGUAGAAAAUUUAGUAUCUCGAAAAUAAAGCAUGUUUCACACAACUUCUUCCUUAAUAUAAAAUACUUAUACUGUGAUAUGUAACAUAAUUUACAAACUUGUUAUUAUUCACUCAAUUGUUA